CGCCCGCCGCCGCGGUGCUCCACGGGAUACCGGCGGAGAAUGACCUCAGGGUCGAGGGGUGGGGCUGACGUCACGAGCCAAGAUGGCGGCGACGGUGGUCGCGGUCUCCUUGAGACGUUGGUUCCCGGUUCCCGCCCGUGGCGGAGCCUGCCUGCAGGCCUGCCGUGGGGCCCAGACAGCUGCAGCUGCAGCUCCUCGUAUCAAGAAAUUUGCUAUUUAUCGAUGGGAUCCAGACAAAACUGGAGAUAAACCUCGCAUGCAGACUUAUGAAAUUGAUUUGAAUAAGUGCGGGCCCAUGGUAUUGGAUGCUUUAAUCAAGAUUAAGAAUGAAAUUGAUUCCACCUUGACCUUCCGAAGAUCAUGCAGAGAAGGAAUCUGUGGCUCUUGUGCAAUGAACAUCAAUGGAAACAAUACUCUCGCAUGCACCCGGAGGAUCGACUCCAACCUCAGCAAAGUGUCCAAAAUCUACCCUCUACCACAUAUGUAUGUGAUAAAGGAUCUCGUGCCUGAUAUGAACAACUUCUAUGCGCAGUACAAGUCCAUCGACCCCUAUUUGAAGAAGAAGGACACAUCCCAGGAAGGCCAGCAGUAUCUGCAGUCCAUAGCAGACCGCGAGAAGCUGGAUGGGCUGUACGAAUGCAUCCUCUGUGCCUGCUGUAGCACCAGCUGCCCCAGCUACUGGUGGAACGGAGACAAAUACUUGGGGCCUGCGGUCCUUAUGCAGGCCUACCGCUGGAUGAUCGACUCUAGAGAUGACUUCACUGAGGAGCGCCUGGCCAAACUGCAGGACCCCUUCUCUCUGUACCGGUGCCACACCAUCAUGAACUGCACACUGACCUGUCCCAAGGGGCUGAAUCCAGGGAAAGCGAUCGCGGAAAUCAAGAAAAUGAUGGCGGUCUAUAAGGAGAAGAAAGCUGCUGCUUAGCCCUCCUUUGAACAAGGCAUGUGACCAGCUCAAAGCUGAAUGUAAUUUGCAUCUAACUUGAAUUCUGCAGAGGAUUUGAUUUUCCAUGAAUGCAGCCUGUAUGGCAAAAAAUGUUAAGAAAUAAAUGUUACUCUACUUUA